AUCCUGCCGUGGCAAUAUAAAUGAAGGGAUGGAACACCACUAGAAGAGAAUCCAGAUAGGCUACACAGCAACAUUUCAUCCCUGUGGGUCUUUCAAAAAAAAAAUAACAUUUCAUCCCUGUGUCUUUUCUGAAAGAAAAUUUCAUCCGUGUCAAUGGCGUCUGCAGCAACCAGCAGCAGUGACAAGGAGCAGGUCCUCCCUACCAUCGACGCUGACCAAGCGCACGCCCUCUUGAUCUCUGGCCAUGGCUAUAUUGAUGUCAGGAUGCAGGAGGACUUUGACAAGGGCCAUGCACCCGGUGCUCGCAAUGUUCCCUACUACCUGUCAGUCACGCCACAAGGGAAGGAGAAGAAUCCACGCUUCAUAGAGGAAGUGGCUGCACUCUUUGGAAAGGACGAUGGCUUCAUUGUGGGUUGCAACACGGGAAACAGAUCCAGGUUUGCAACUGCAGAUCUUCUACACGCGGGGUUCAAGAACGCGAGGAACCUGCAAGGUGGCUACCGCUCCUUUCUCCAGAGUGCAAAUCAGCAGCCAGCUCAACAGCAGUAGCCAUCACCAGUUAUUAUGCCAGUUCGUGCGUGCUCGUAGUGUUCAUUAUUUGGAUGGCCAUUUCGAAAAGUUUCAGUCUGAGAUCCUGGCGAAAUUCCUGCGUCCGCAGGCUGUUGAACUUUGUGACGUAAUAAACAUUCAUGAAAUAGUACUCCAACAAGAAAUGUCGAGGCCAGAGGUGAUGCUUGCUAUAUCAAUUUGCGAAUAUAUAUUCUACUGUGGAACUUGUAUUACAAGUAAUUGAAGUACCUAAUGACCUUUACAACAA